GAAUUAGAAUAAGUUAUCAACAUGGAAAAAGUGAAAAGAGGUCCUCGUACAACUUCAUCUUCAAGGUUAACAUGGAGGAGGGCAUGGCGGAGAACGAAAUAUCACCACCGCACCCAAUUCGCCCUCCCCCUUCUUCGCAAAUCCCCAUCUCACCGGAAUCCAUCUCAUCAGCCGUCAAGGUCUUCCUCGACAUCCUAAUCCGGACCUCACCCCAGCAAAUCGGCGCCGCCCUCGCCUCCACCGGAAUCAUCCCCAGUGCCGAAGUCGUCAUACAAGUCCUCAAACUCUCCUACGACUACCCCUUCUCCGCCGUAAAGUUCUUCCAAUGGGCCGGGUUGGCCCACAAGCACUCGGCUCAGGCCUGGAACCUGAUGGUCGACGUCCUCGGCCGCAACCGGCUUUUCGAGUCCAUGUGGGACGCCAUCCGCUCGAUGCGACAAGAAAAAACCCUCUCCUUGCCCGCCUUCGCCGCCGCCUUCUCCAAUUACUGCGCUGCCGGGAAGUUCAACGACGCCGUCAUGACCUUUCAAGUCAUGGACAAAUACGACAUCCCACAAGACGUUGUCGCCGCCAAUACUCUCCUCAGCGCAAUGUGCCGCGCAGACGGAGGCGUUGAGAGGGCUCUGGACUUCCUCGAGACCAUGCAAUCGAAGCCCGAAUUCGGUCCGGAUGGCGAUUCGUUUGCCAUUUUGCUUGAAGGACUGGAGAAGAUAGGGGAGGUGGCGAGGGCGAAGACUACGUUUGGGGAGAUGGUGGUGAAGGUUGGGUGGGGACCGGAGAACGUGGCGGCUUACGACGCGUUUUUGGCGACGCUGGUGAAUGGGGGACAAUCGGAGGAGGCUGUCAAAUUCUUGAGAGUGAUGAAGAAGAAUGGCUGCUUGCCAGGUUUGAGAUUCUUUUCCAACGCUCUUGAUACUCUAGUUAAGCGAAAGGAUUCAACGAAUGCGAUUUCGAUUUGGGAUGGUAUGGUUGGUAAUGGAUUAAUGCCUAAUUUGUCAAUGUACAAUGCAUUGAUUGGAUUGUUGUGUGAUUGCAAUGAGAUCGAUGACGCGUUUAGGCUCCUUGAUCAGAUGGUUUUUCAUGGUGCUUUUCCGGAUUCUUUCACUUACAAUGCGAUCUUUAAGUGUUUGAUUAAGAACAACAAGGUUCGUGAGGCCAGUAAGUUUUUUGUGGAGAUGGUGAAGAAUGAGUGGCUUCCGACGCAUGCUAAUUUUGCUGCGGCCAUCACCAUGUUUUUUGAUGGGGACGACCCCGAAAUGGGGGUUGAGCUUUGGAACUCUAUGCUUGAAAGCAACGUCGAGCCUCUUGACCCCGCUGCCAAUGCUUUGCUUUUGGGCCUUUGUAAAUUAGAUAGGUUGUCGGAGUUGAAGAGGAAUGCUGAUGAUAUGCUUGAUAGAAGGAUCAACAUAUAUGAAUCGACUAUGGCGAGCUUGAAGAGUGCCUACUAUAAGGAUGGGAGAGGUGCAAGGGAGAAAUAUGAUGGCUUGGCGAGGAGGUGGAAGACCUCACUGGUUCGGUAGAAAUAUUAUUUUUGAUGUAUAUAGAAGUUAUGUUCUUUUCGUUUUAGGCUUUCCUUGCAUAGUAUAAUCACUGGUGAAUAGUGCAUAUUUCUGUUUCCAUAACAAGCUGAUUUUUCUUUUGGUUGUCUAA